ACGGGUAGCUGCUCUGCACAGCGUAAAUAAAGCAAAAAACCCAGCUCGAAUAAUCAAAGAAAACGUGUCGUUUUCUCACUUUUAAAAGUUUGUAGUCAUUGAAAUAUACAGUUUAUUUAAGUAUGAUUUAAGUGGAUUAACAUUUAAAGGUGGAAUUUCAGAGUAUGGAAACGGGAGGCUCGAAGAAAAUGCGACCCAGGGAGCUGCCGCCUCUUCCACAGCGAGGGCAACGAGCACUUCCCACAAUGCCGAGUCAAGACACAGCUGGAGACGUACCGGUACCAAAACACAAGAAGAAGAGGGUGAGGAAAGAGGCAAAUGGAGUCGACGAUAUGGACGAUCAGGGGAUGGAGAUGGGAGGUCUGGGCAGCAGGAGGGUAUCUGAGGUAGGGGAGCAACUCACCUUCGAAAGCACGAACGACGCUCCACCGCAGAGGAGGAGGAGGAAAAAGAAAAGUGCCACUAUAGAUCUUGAAGACGACCAAGCCGACCUGGUGAACGGAGACACACCUGAUCAGACCACCGACGGAGAGGAAGUAGUCAAAAAAACCAAAAAGAAGAAGAAGUCGAAAGUCGUUGAAUCGCAGCUUCCCGAUGAGCUGGACAUAGAAGAGGAUGACAUCAUCACCGACACCCCGCCUCCUAUCCCCCAGCAUUCCUUGUUCUCGGCGCCGCAGGGCCAGAGCCAGCCGGUCGGAAAGGUUUUCGUAGAGAGGAACAAGCGUUUCCAGGCCGCAGAGCGCUCAGACUGGAGGAAGACCAGCGACCAGAUGGAAAACCUGGCGGACUUCCAGCACAUUCAGCCGCUGUGGACCACCAGAGACGUUUCUCUCAGGGUGCACGAAGGCUUCAGGGUGUUCGGUCUGUAUUGUCACGGCUUCCUGGCGGGCUACGCCGUGUGGAACAUAGUGGUGGUGUACGUGUUAGCCGGGCAGCACCUCACCUCUCUGUCCAACCUGCUGGAGCAGUACAACAGUCUGGCUUAUCCAUCCCAGUCUCUGCUCUACAUGCUGCUGGCCAUCAGCACAGUGGCCGCUUUCGACAGAGUGAACCUGGCCAAAGGCUCGUUGGCUCUGCGGGAGUUCAUCACGCUGGACCCCGUUGCUCUCGCCUCGUUCUUAUAUUUCUCAGCGUUGGUCCUCUCUCUCAGCCAGCAGAUGACCAGUGAUCGAAUCAACCUCUACCCGGCGUUCAACACGACGUUAUGGCCUCCGGGAUCAGAGCACCAGAUUCUCCACCCGUGGGUGACAGUUAAUCUGGUGGUGGCUCUAUUAGUGGGUCUGGCCUGGAUCUUCAUCGCCACCCGACCCGAGACUGACUACACUGAGUGUUAUCUGAUGGCCAUGGAGAUCGAGCCUCCCAAACUGGAGGACAAAUCAGAAAUGACGGCCUGAGAAACCGUCACUGUAUAUCUGCUCUCAGACACUCUGUACAGCUUUGUUGUCAUUUUGCACAUAUUCUUUUUUUUUGCACUGUAUUUUAACAGUGAAGUCUGAAUGUGUAGAUUUAUUUUUGUAUUUUUGAAACGUGUUUGUCUUUUUAAAUACAGGGUUUUAUCCAACAAAUCCAACAACGCCUCUUUA